AUGUGUCGGGACUGCGAGCGCGUCGCUAGGGUGUUUCGCGCUGCCGUGCUGGCAGGCUCCUCAUAACAGUGUCUACUUUCUAACAUGGCAGAUCAAUUUGUGUUGUAUUAUCAUGUGACGGGUAAAAGCUCUCGUUCAUAAGACGAUCUCUGUGUAAACUAUCGUAGAUUUUCCUUCCGAGGAAAACGUGUUGCCAGCUUAGAUUACGGUCGCGAUGGCGGACAUGAAAAGUCCACCGUUCAGUGACAUUAAACGGCCCGAGGAGGUGGUGGCGAUGGCGAUGAACGACGGCCUGAAAUUCGCCGUGCUGAUCGGGCUGAUCGAAGUGGGACAGGUGUCGAAUCGGGAAGUUGUCAACACCGUGCUUCAUCUGUCUCACUUUGUACUUUCAUAGAGGAUCCAGCGCGUUCUGCGAUCAGUGGACCGAUUUGGCUUAUUCGUUUUGUUGUUGAAAUUCGAGAAAUUGAUAGUUGCAAAAAUUCUGAACGUCGUAUGAUAAAUGGUUUCGUGUUAUUCCAUCGUUGGUCGGUAAUAAAUGAACGGUUAGAUAACAUGAUUAACGCGUGUCGCGUAAUGAAUGCAUCGAUUGCAGUGAAUACUGGCAUUUGCACGAGGAAGAUUGUAAUCCGAUUACGAUUGAUGAAGCAAUUUUUGAUCUUCUUUCCACUUUUUUUUUCCUUUGCACACGUGUACACUUGUAUAGAGAUGAUUGGUUCGAUCGUUCACCAAGUGGAUGCCGAACACGUAGAUGAUUUGAAUCACGUGCGAAUAUCGAGUAGCAUUGUUCGUCAAGUAUUUAUUGGAUUGUUGUAAACGUCGUGUGCAUCUCGAUACACGACGCUCAUGUUGAUGGAAUAAAUAAAACGAAAGUUCAACGUACACAUAGCAUUGUGACUCUCAUGCCUCUAAUUUCCGUAAUUAACAUUGUAGUUACUUUUGAAGAAUAUUUGAAAAAAUUACAGGCUCGUUAGAGCUUCAAUAUUUUGUAUAAUUUAAAAAAAAUAAUAAAUGAGAGAUCGUAAAAUUUUAUAAAUUCAAAGAUUCGAUAGGCUGGAUCUCUGAUUUUGUAAUACUUUAUUACAAUAUUUCUGGCCUAGAAACUGAUUCGAUAGUAAACUACGAAUUCUCGUGUCCCCCUAGAUUCACAGUUGAUUACAUCGAUUUUUGUUGAAAGAUUUCCAAGUUUCUCUCUGCUGCAGAUAGCGUUACAACAUUGGCAAAAUAUCAAAAACCUCUU